CAUCGGCAUGGGCGGAGCCGCGCCAGCGCGAUUACCACUACCACUUCCUCGUCCACCCCGACUCCACUCCCACCAGUCAACGCCGAUUCCCUAUCUUCACGCUACCGCACCUGCCGCUGCCUCCUCCUCCACCCUCUCUGUCCCUCGCUCCGCUCCAAGCCCGAGCGUCCGCGUCGCCCGCCCGCGCCGCCGCGCCGCGAUGUCUGCCGCCGCCGCCGCCUCCUCAUCCUCCAUCGGAGUAUCGGAUGGAACGGGGAUCGGCGCUCUCUCGUUGGAGAGCGUCGGGCACAACGACCUACUGGUCGUCGGACCCGGCGUGCUUGGCCGGAUCGUCGCUGAGAUGUGGAAACAGGAAUAUCCAGGUUGCAAGGUUUAUGGCCAGACUGCAACCACAGAUCAUCACAGUGAAUUAACUGACAUUGGCAUCAUCCCAUCCUUGAAGGGGUCCAUAAUUGGUCCAAAAUUUCCUUAUGUUAUUUUCUGUGCUCCACCAUAUCGUUCUGAGGAUUAUGCCGGGGAUCUGAGAGUAGCAGCUUCAAAUUGGAAUGGAGAAGGCUCUUUCCUGUUCACCUCAAGUACUGCUGUGUAUGAUUGCAGUGACAAUGGAUUGUGCAGUGAGGAUUCUCCUUGUGUACAGAUUGGUCAAAGCCCUCGUACCGAUGUCCUUCUAAAAGCUGAAAAUGUUGUCCUUGAGGCAGGAGGCUGUGUUCUCAGGCUUGUGGGACUUUACAAAUCUGAUCGAGGUCCUCAUGUUUACUGGCUGUCAAAAGGAACCUUGGAUGCCCGUCCUGAUCAUGUACUCAAUCUGAUACAUUAUGAAGAUGCAGCCUCCCUUGCAAUUGCCAUCAUGAAAAAGGGAUUACGCAGCCGUGUCUUUGUGGGCUGUGACAAUGAGCCUCUAUCCAGGCAGGAGAUUAUGGACCGUGUCAACAGAAGUGGGAAAUUUGACACGGAGUUCCAGGGCUUCACUGGGACUGAUGGCCCGCUGGGGAAGAGGAUGGAGAAUUCCAAAACCCGGGCUGAGAUCGGAUGGCGGCCCAAGUAUCCGAGUUUCAGAGAGUUCCUUGGUCUCAGCAAUCUGUAACUUUCAUGGGAUGUCGCUAAAUUCUUGUGAUUAAAGAUGAACAUCGGUACAUGAAAGAAAUGGUGACGGAUUUGGAAGUGAAAUGUUGGUUGCUCAUACAGUCAUACUCCAGCUUUAGGCUACUUUUCGUUUCUUCUGUUGGAUUUAGAUCACGUAAAGCAUUGCCGCCAUGGUGUGGCGCAUGUACCUAAGUCGCCUCUGUUUUCUUUUGUUAAGUCAUGAAAGCAUUGUACCAUCUCAUCGCCUCCAACACUUGUUAAUUGUUUCCAUGGCUUCUUCAACCCA